AUGUCCUUCUCAGGCCAUACCCAAAAGGCAAGCAAAAGACCUUUCCAAUUGGAGGCUCUUCUAUCGCCUCAAGUUCCACGUAGCAAUUACUUGCAUUUUCAGGAGGAGAAGCUAAGACUACAGCUAAAGAAAUUACUUCUUCAUAGGAUGUUUCUAGUGGCCAAGACGACAGCCAACACAGAAAAAAAAGAUAUUACCGAAUACUAUGAACAAGCAUUCCAGUCAAUUUUAAAGUAUCACCUAGGAGAAACAGUGACAGGAUUAUUGCUCAUAUAUCCUACUUCUAUUCUGCAUAUCCUUGAGUCUUCCUCUGGUACUCUUUACCGGAUUCUUUUAGAUUAUGUCAACCGUGAAAAGAAUGAAAGAGAAUUUUUUAUCCAAGGAAUGAAAAUUAUAGUCAUGUCCCAUAACAUCCCUACAAGGAUCUUCAUGCAAUGGUAUGUUUCAGUAAUAAAAGUGCCUGUCAUGUAUCUCGAUGACGUGACACAGUCGCAGUCCCUAGAGGAGGUCGUCACAGAGUUUCUCACCCAAACUCAUAAACUAGCACUCUACAUUUUUAAGACAGUUAAAGUGGGCACUAAAGGACCAGGCGAUAACUUGCACCAACUCGUACCCGAAUUACUCCUCCCAGAACAAAUAAUAAAGUACUUGUGCAAAUCUGAAGAAUUCCUGAACCCAGAAACGUUCCUAAACAUGUUUAAUAAACCAAUACAUAUCACCUUGGAUUCCGAGGUGGUAUGGCCUGCACCUUCCCGUUUCUAG